CUUUAAUUUCAAUCGCUUCCCGUUCGUCCUCUACAAUCAUGAGUUCUCCAGUGGCUCAUUUUGGCACGUAUGACGUCUUUCUAAGCUUUAGAGGCGAAGAUACUCGAAAUGCUUUUACAGAUCAUCUCUAUGAGGCAUUAGUGCAAGCAGGACUUCGCACUUUUAGGGAUAAUGAUGAAAUAGAUAGAGGUGAAGAACUGAAGCCUGAGAUCGAUAGAGCAAUCAAAGAAUCGAGGGCUUCAGUAGUUGUCUUAUCAGAGAACUAUGCAACUUCCACAUGGUGCCUUGAAGAGCUUUGGUUGAUUCUUGAACAAAGGAAGAAGUGCAAUCACUAUGUUCUACCGGUGUUUUAUCACGUUGAUCCUUCAGAUGUAAGGAAACAGAGUGAGCCUUUCAAGAUAAAAGUCAAUACCUCGCCAAAGUGGACUGAUGAUAACGUGAAUCGGUGGAAGGCGGCCCUAGCGAAGGUUGCCGAUUUGACUGGUCUGGUUCUUUCAGGGAAUGCUGUGUAUAAUUCUAAUCAGGAGGAAUCUUGGGACUAAUCUAGCUCGGUGAACCACGGGUUUUUGUAGUGGAGCUUUGAUUCCUUAAGCAUCUCAUCCUUCAUUUGUUGUCUCAUUUGUGUUUUUUUCAGUUGUUUUAACUUACCAUCAGACAUUUCUUAUGUUCUUUUUUUGUUACAGGCCUGAAACACAACUUUUGAAGGAUAUUGUUGAUAUUAUUUAUAAUAAACUUGAUUGCAAACAAGUUUAUCUUCCAUCGAAUUUAAUAGGGAUGGAAACUCGGGAUAAGGAGAUAAAUUUCUGGCUAAAGCAAUCUGAUGCCGAAUUUCUGGCAAUCUGUGGGAUGGGAGGAAGCGGGAAAACAACGUUGGCCCGAUACAUUGUGUACUCAAAUUCCCAAAACUUUGAAAGCGUUAGUAUUGUCGAAGACAUCGGAAGUAGAUGUAAAGAACCACAUGAUUUGCUUCAGUUGCAAGAAAAACUUUUUAGAGAUAUUUCAGGAGGCAAGAGGAGGAAAAUACCCAGUGUUAGUCAAGGUACAUUCAAGAUUGAAGAGGUCUUACAAGUGAAGAAGGCACUUAUUGUUCUUGAUGACAUUGUUGAACCGAGCCAGUUGGUAGGUUUAUUUGGAUCCGCUUACAUUAACAAGCAAAGCAAGAUAAUUAUAACAACUAGGGAAAAUAAUAUUGGUAAAUGGUUUGAGUCCAGACCUUGGAGGUGUCAAGAGUACCAAAUGAAGUUACUAGAUGAUAAUGAAUCAUUAGAGCUUCUAAGUCGACAUGCCUUUGGAUCCAAACGUCUGAUGGAAGGUUAUGAAGAGCUUGCAAAACAGGUAUUGCAGUAUUGUGAAGGAAAUCCAUUGGCUCUUGAUGUUUUGGGUACCUUGCUAGCAGAGGAUAAUAGCAUCCUAUUUUGGAAAAGUACAUUGAGCUUAUUGGGAAGAGAUAUUGAUUCUGGAAUUAAACGUGUACUGAUUAGGAGCUACAACUCUUUGCCACAUGACUCUAACAAACAGUUGUUUUUGCAUAUUGCUUGUUUCUUUGUUGGCAAAGACAAGGAUUAUGUGGUGAAGAUAUUAGAGCCUGAUUACUCUGCAGUAUCUGGGAUUAAAACUCUAACCAACAGAUGCCUUUUAUCCGUUUCACUAAACAACAAGCUAAUGAUGCAUCCUUUGCUUCAAGAGAUGGGGAGAACAAUAGUACACCAAGAAUCACCAAAGGACCCUGCAAAACGCAGUAGAGUCUGGCGUAAUAAGGAUUCUUAUGAUGUUUUGCGAAAAGGAAAGGGUUCUGAAACACUGGAAGGUCUAGCACUUGACAUGAAAAUGUUGACCGAAGAAAAGAUGAACCAUUCACUCACGUCAUUAGACCUCAAGACGGAUUCUCUAAAAAAGAUGGACCACCUAAAAGUGCUCCAGCUUAAUUUUGUGCAUCUCACUGGAUCCUACGAAAAUGUUUCUGAAGAUUUAAGAUGGCUCUGCUGGAUUGGGUUUCAUAAAAGAAUCAUACCUCCCAACUUACUCAUGGCAAGCUUGGUAGCCAUAGAUAUGAGCUCUAGCAACUUGGAAGCAUUCAAUCCACCCAUUGUUCUUCCAUUACUACAGAUUCUAAAUCUUAAAGACUCUAACAAUCUAUUGUUAAUUGACAAUAUUUUCAGACUCCCUAAGCUGGAGACUUUGAUUCUUGGGAAUUGUAAAAGUUUAGUUCAUGUUUGUGAAACCAUUGGAGGCCUUACAAGUCUUGUUUUACUGGAUAUCACUGGGUGUAAACGCUUGCGCAAGAAAGUAAAUCUGUUAGCAGGGACAAAUGCGACUACUUCUGGUGGUGGAAUUACAGAACAACCUUCCUUUUUUUUGCCACGUUCAGUGCAACGGCUAUUCCUUAAGGACUGCAACCUAAAAAAUAACUUUUCUUUUCCUCUGAGCUUCAGUUUCCAACCUCUCUUGCAGUACUUGAAUCUCUGCAAUAACCUAUUUGAAUUCCUUCCUGAUUACAGUCAUCUUAAAAAUCUCCGGGUGCUUGACUUGAGUUUAUGUUCCAGACUUAAAAGCCUCCUAUGUCUCCCGAGUACACUUGCAGAAUUGUAUACAUAUUAUUGCAAGUCACUGGAGAGAAUAACUUUCCAAUCACCUCGAUUCACAUUGCAAGAAUUUGGCUACCAAGGUUGUAUAAAUUUGAAUGAAAUUGAAGGCUUUAUCAAACUGAUACCGAUAGCCACAUUGAAAGGAACAGACUUGGGGCAUAUGAAGUGGCUAAAAGAAUAUCAAGAUCAUGAAGUUCGCUUGGUUGGUGAUGAUGAGCUGACCAUAGGCAGAAGUUGGCAAGUCCAGAUGUUGUAUGAAUUUAAUAUAAGGAGCACAUCUCUGCCACACAUAGAGUCUCCAAACAUGAGACCUGAGUAUAUAUCAAAAUCGUCAUCUUUGUCCUUUGAAGUUCCUUUUACACCUAAGAACAGGACGCUCAAAGGAUUAGAUGUAACAUUCAGAUAUAAAAUAUCAGGAAAUGACUGUGCAUGGUUUGCUAAAAUCAGCACGACCAAUGAUGUUGAUUUCAUAUACAACCCGAAAGUAUUUGGCGAUCCUGGAUUUGGUGAAGUUGGUGUAUGGUUAAGCUAUUGGCCAAUUGGAAACACAUUAAAUGCUGGAGAUAAAGUUAAUGUGUCUAUUGAUGUCAUUAGCGGAUUGGAGGUAUACGAAUGUGGUGCAAGCUUUGUAUAUAUUAAUGAUGGCUUAAGGUAUGAAACUUCUGAAAAUGAUAUGGAGGGGGUUGAAAAUCUUGGAAAUCUGUCGGACUUUCGGCUGAGCUCAGGAUCAUACUAUCUUUGUCGACGUGAUUUCUUUGAGUUAAUGGAGGUCGGCAGACUCCCACGUGGUUGGUUUAGAAAUAUAAUUGGUGAUACGGUUGACCAUACAGAGGUACGAGGAUGGAGCAAUACUGGUCGACCUAAGAAGUUGAACCCGUCAUUUACGGAGUUCAAAAAUGUUAGUUGCAUCAUCCAUGGUCCUGAAACGGAGCAAGUUUACAAGAUUCCAAAGAACCCUAAAUCACUAUUUGUCAAUAAAGCGAUGGAGUUCACAUCAAGCAUGUAAUAACCUUCUUUAUUGAUCAACAAAUUACGAGAUACCAUCACUUACAAAAAGGAUAGUUAGUUGUACAUGGGAGCUGAGAUGAGGAUAUGUUAUCACGAUCAAGUUUGCAUCUGGGAGAGCAUUAAGAAGGGGUAAGUAAAAAACGAGUGUUGCUACCUUGGAAUGCUUAUGUUAAGUUGUGGAGACUAGUCAACCCUUUGACCUUAUAGUUGUAGGCAGACCAAGUUUAGGGCAAAUUUAUCAGAGUCUAUGUCUUGACCUUAUUGACAAAUUUUCGGUAUUAUGCCAUCUUUAUAUAGAUCCCUUGAGUUCAUGUAAUCUACGACAAGUAAGAAAAAUUGUAAUUCGGUAGUGUCAAUAAAAUCUCUCUAUUUUGUUCUCUUGUGGACGAAGUCGAUCACUCUAAUCG